AUGUAUAACCAACGUAUACAUUGGGCUAAACCCUUCUUGAAGGAUACUUUCUUUGCUGGUAUGACAACAACCGGACGAAGUGAGAGUAUCAAUUCAUUUUUUGAUGGAUUUGUUAAUUCGAGGACCAUGUUGAAUGAAUUUGUUGUACAAUACGACAAAGCAGUUGAGUCUCGAAGGGCCGCCGAAGAAGAUGAAGACUUCAAGACUAUGAACUCGAGGCCGGUUCUUUCUUCAGUGCAUCCAAUCAAAGCAAAAGCAAGUCAAUGUUAUACUAGAAAGAUGUUUGAUACUUUCAAAAAAGAAUGGACCGAAGCAAUUACCAAUUUGACUCAUGAGACUAUAGGAAAAACUAUCAAAGAAAGCACAUACCGAGUUGGUCAAUUAGACGUUGAUAAAAAAAAAUUAGCGCAUUGUUACCUUUCGUUCUUUGGAUCAAGUCAGCGUCACAUGUUCCUGUGCUAA